GACGCAGCAGUCUUGACCGGGUUUUCAACAGACGAAAGUGGUGUACUCAUCGCCUUUUCAGGUCUAGAUUUGACGAUCGCCUCACAGAAUCAGCUUCUCCGGUUUGCAGGACUACCUAAUGGAUACUUCACCGCCAAUUCUAUCGAGGGAAACCAAUAUUUCUUCUUCAGGGAACCAGGGUUAGACUCGGCACUCCUCAAUCUGGGUGAAGCAACCAAACAAGGCCUCACAGAUGGUUAGUUCUUGACGAUCGGGAUCUCUUCAUUCUCUCCAAACUUUACCGGCCAUAUUGAUGUGGUAAAUGGAGAGAAUGACCUGCCAAAUUGUCACGGGAAUUGUUUGUUGCCAUACAACAAUGCAGCUGCCGCCAAGGACAAGUUUUAUCCGGCAGUGAGCAACGGGUCCAGCUGGUAUCUUGCUCCAGAGACGGGGCACGGAUUGAACUUCCACUAUUCGGCACUCAAGGCAUAUGAGCACAUCCAGAACUUUGUUAAGGCCAAUGGUCUAUAA